ACGCAGAUUCUUCGGCAGUUCGACGUUGCUGUGCCUAACUUCCGUUUCGUCUCGAGCAACGGGAGCUUAACAGAGGAGAUGAUCCAUGUGAUGAUGCAACUGGCCUGUCGUCGAGAGGUGCCAGUGACGGAGGACAACACGUAGGGCGCACGCUGCAGAUGGGACGCUGCCUACUGCCUACAUAAACGGCUAACUCAAGGAUGUCUCCGCCUCUCAAAGGCUGCGACUUGGCUUCGCUGAUCAUGGCGGUGAGCAUCACGUCCGCGCUGCUGCUCCUGCUCAACAUGGCCGGGGCCUUGCUGGCCCCGCGCUCUCCUCCCGGCCCGGCCUCCGUGGACGCCGAUGGCAGAGAUGGGGACGUGGACUUUUUCUUCUUCCCCUUCUUGGUCCUCUACAAGAGCGGCCGUGUGCAGAGGUUCAUGGGCACGGACACCGUGCCGGCCUCCACGGACCCGGCCACCGGCGUCGCGUCCAGGGACGUGGUCAUUGACGCCGCCGCCGGACUCGCCGUACGCCUCUACCUGCCGAGCCUCGCCAACUGCACGGCGAGGGUGAGCGGUGGCAAGCUGCCCUUGGUCGUGUUCUACCAUGGCGGCGCGUUCGUCACGGAGUCGGCCUUCUCGCCGACGUACCAGAGGUACCUGAACGCCCUCGUGUCCAAGGCCGGGGUGCUCGCCGUGUCCGUGAAGUACCACCUCGCGCCCGAGCACCGGCUCCCGACGGGCUACGACGACGGGUGGGCGGCGCUCCGGUGGGUACUCGAGAACGCGCGGUCAGGGCCGGAGCCCUGGCUGUCGCGCCACGCCGACCUGACGCGGCUGUUCUUGGUCGGCGACAGCGCCGGCGGCAACAUCGCGCACAACAUGGCGAUGCGCGCCGGGAGGGAGGGCCUGGACGGCGGCGCGACCAUCCGGGGCGUAGCGCUGCUGGACCCGUACUUCUGGGGGAAGCGCCCGGUGCCGGCGGAGACGAGGGACGAGGCGACGCGGCGGUGGCGCGAGCGGACGUGGAACUUCGUGUGCGCGGGGCAGUACGGGAUCGACGACCCGGUGAUCAACCCGGUGGCCAUGGCGCGGGACGAGUGGCGGCGGCUCGGGUGCGCGCGCGUGCUGGUGACCGUGGCGGGGCUGGACGCGCUGAGUGCGAGGGGCCGCGCGUACGUCCAGGCGCUCCGGGCGAGUGGGUGGCGCGGCGAGGCGGAGCUCUACGAGACGCCUGGCGAGUACCAUGUCUACUUCCUUAAUAAGCCGGAGAGCGAGAAGGCGGCGAAGGAGAUGGAGAUCGUGGUGGACUUCAUCAGUGGCAACAAAGUGCGCACAGCUUCAACUUCAAGAAUGGAUGCCUGAAACAAUUUAUUUCAAGAGGUUCAAUAGAACGCAAGUACACGACAUGUUACUGUUCAGAUGAUAUGAAAUUAUGAAGUUAGCAAGUGAAAGGCUGAACUUGGGGAUCGUACGCCCAUCCAUCUGACCGUGUUAAUUCAGAGGAUGCAAUUUACUCAUAUAAAGAUUUUGCAGUAAAUUUUGGAUUGCAA